AAAGAAGCUGGAAAUAUCCCAAACACAACCAAGUUGCUUUUUUCUUUAUCAGUUCCUGUCCUGUACUACUAAUUUCUCUUUCCUUUGGGGUUUGUCGAGGUCCGAAUUGAACUGGGUCGUCAAAGUUUUUGGGGUUUCUAGCUCUAAAAGAUUUUACAAGAAUCGAAAACCCGUACAGUUAUGGGUAAGUCUUCGGAGAUUGGGGAUGGUGGGUCUGGGUCGGCGGCUUCAAUAGCUCCUUUUCUGAAGAAAUGCUAUGAGAUGGUGAACGACGAGUCAACAGACUCCAUAAUCUCAUGGAACGAUACCAACGACAGCUUUGUCAUUUGGGAUAUGAUCCAAUUCUCUGUGGGAUUGCUCCCCAAAUAUUUCAAGCACAGCAACUUCUCUAGCUUCAUGAGGCAACUUAAUAUCUAUGGAUUUAGAAAAAUUCAUCCAGAUCGCUGGAUGUUUGCAAAUGAAGGAUUUAUUCGAGACCAGAAGCAUUUGUUGAAGAAUAUUUGUAGAAGAAAACAUUCUCAUGAUCCAGACCAAAGAAAAGCACAUGCACAUCAACAGAAAGAGCACCACCCAGAAGAAUCCGAUGAGAAGGUGAAAGAUGUUCUAUGGAGAGAGGUAGAGAACCUAAAGAUCGAUAAAAGCGCACUUGCACAGGAAUUGGUCAAACUUAGGCAGUACCAGGAAACUGCUGACAAUAAGAUGCUGGUCUUGGGAGAUCGCCUCCAGGGAAUGGAAAAGAAUCAGCAGCAGAUGUUGUCAUUUCUAGUGAUGGCCGUGCAAAGUCCCGGGUUGUUUGUUCAGCUGCUUCAACCGAAAGAAAACAAUUGGCGCAUGAGUGAAGCAGGAAAUAUGCUAGAGGAAGUUACAGAGGAUGAUAAUCCUGCAGCCUCUGAUGGUAUGAUAGUAAGAUACUUACCAUCUCCCAAUGAAACUUUAAGCCCUGUGUUUACAUCAACAUCGGCAGCAGAGAAACCAUCUGAAACCAGUUCAUAUCCAGAUGGGACGCAGGACUUCUUCUUGAACUCUGAUUUUAUGAAAAUUCUUAUGGAUGAGAAAUUAAGUCCAUUAGAAACUCAUUCCCAGUUUAUUCUACCUGAAUUAGCUGAUGACAAUUCAUGGGAGCAGCUUCUUUUGGCCAGUCCCUUCCGUGACAAUAAUAAAGAUCCAAAAGAUGACGAAGAGACCAAUAACACUGGAAUGGAGGACUUAACGCUGUCCGAAAUCCCACCGGAUGAUUGUCGAAAUUUUGAUUAUUUAGAACAAAUGGAACCAUCUCACAACUUUGGGAUGGAACCAACAGUUUAUGAAGGUCAGUUUGAAUUGCCUCACAUGGAAAGUUUGGAAACUUUAAAUGAGCAAAUGGGACUGUUGUCUUCUGAGCCAGAAAAUAAUGGUGCGACAUGAAUAGAAAUAUGGUCACAAGACAUUUUAUAGCUAUGUUUCAAGAUUUAUGCACCUUCUUUUUGCAGCUAGUUAUGUAAUCUACACAAAUGUAAGUUGGUGAUCCCAAUUCUUAUAUACAAACCAUACAUACAUAUUUAUAUAUAAAAACACUUUUAAGGAAA